AUGUUUACUGUCGCUCUAGAGGGCGAUGGGACUGUCGAGGGACAGCCCGUGGCAACGCUGCGGGACGAUGCAGCAGAAGAUUGGGAAACCCUGCUCGAGCAUAUAUACGACGGCUCUCAAGAGCGCCAGGGAUGCCUCAAGUUCCCAUUGGUCCGAGCGAUGAUUAGGCUCGGCCAUAAAUACGACUUUGAGAAAUCCAGACAACAGGACCUCGAUUAUUUCACGGAGAUUUUUUAUCCUCCGACCUUUGACAUGUAUAGUUCCACCAAUCGCACGGUAAUGUUGCAAGACUUUUUCAGUGAAGACACUUGCGUGGCCGAUGCGAUCUCCCUGGCGUACGAUUUAGUGCUCAGACGAACCCUGCCAAUUUUAUACCUUAUGGCUCUCAGCGAGCCAGCGAGUUACUCGAUUCGUCCUAUUCCUCUCAUCUCCCCUCCUGUCACCUGCUUAGCGAUUCAAAUCCAACCAGGGGCUCCUCACCGACGGGGUUCUUACACGGAGUGGAAAGAAAGUUGGGAUUCGGCCAGAGAUUGCGCUUCAUUUGGCGAACUGCCAUGGUAA